UUCAAAUAUUGUUUUUCAAGUUUAAAUAACUCGGUUCGUUGGCACGGUCAAGAUGUUGUCGUCGUUUCGGAAAUAGAAUGGAAAUUUCAAAAAAUCAAAGGACUACCUAAAUACAAAUUUGAAGAAUAUUUCAGUUUUAAUUGCAGAAAUAAAUAGACCAUAAAUAUGACAGCCGUCGAGGAUAAAGGACCCACAUUUGGCAUGCGCCAUAUGCAGACCCUACUUUUAUUUCUCAAUAUUGUGGUAGUCUACAUUAGCCGCCUUAAUAUCGGAGUAGCUGUGGUUGCCAUGACAAAUGCCGAAACAACAAAUCCAGAUUUUCCGGAAUUCGAUUGGAGUGAAAAACAAAUUUCCUACAUUCUUUCCAGUUUCUAUUGGGGCUAUGUGUUUACCCAAUUUCCCGGAGGAGCCUUGAGCAAACGUUUUGGUGCCAAGAUUACCAUGGGUCUGGCCACAUUUUUCUCCGCCAUUUUGAGUGCAGUGACACCGGUCUCUGUAACAUGGGGAGGAUGGAAGGCAUUUUGUGUUAUCAGAGGUUUGCAAGGCAUCUUCCAGGGCAUGCUUUUCCCCUGUAUACAUGAACAUCUGGCUAAGUGGUCACCAUUGCAGGAGCGUAAUCGCCUGGGAGCCUUAAGUCACACCGGCAUUGAGUGUGGCACGGUCUUGGCUUUGGGUAUUACAGGCCUCAUUGCUGGAGGGCCCAUGGGUUGGCCGGGUAUUUCAUAUGUUUCAGCUGCUCUAUGCUUUGCUUGGUGCCUGCUUUGGUUUGUGUUCGCUGCAAAUAAUGCCACAGAAUCACGGUUUAUAAAAGAGGCCGAGAAAAGCUACAUAGAAUCGUCUUUGGAACAUGCUGAUGAUUUUCAUAAGAAAAAGAUACCCAUACCUUGGAAGGCCAUAUGGUUGUCAGUACCCUUUAAUGCGCUGCUAUUGGCCCGCUGUGCUGAAGGUUGGGGCCUAGCCACCUUACAAGCCCAAAUACCUUCCUACCUGAAUGGUGUUUUGGAUAUGGAGAUCAAAUCGAAUGCCUUGUUCUCAGCCCUGCCCUUCUUAGCCAUGUGGGUGAUGUCCUAUGUGUAUUUGAUUUCGGCGGAUAUUUUACAGCGUCGAAAGAUUUUAACCUUAUCGGCCAUACGCAAAACCAUGAACAGUUUUGCCUUUUGGAUACCAGCUGUGGGUUUGGUUGCAAUAGGCUUUCUGGAUAGUGACAGUAAGACAUGGGCCAUUAUCCUUAUGACACUGAGUGUGGGUGUAAAUAGUGGAGCAACCAUUGGCAGUUCUCUGAAUUCCAUUGAUUUGUCACCGAAUCAUGCGGGUAUUUUAAUGGGCAUUGUCAAUACCAUAGCGAAUUUUAUGCCCUUGUUUUCACCUUUGGUGGUGGGGGUCAUAGUAACAGAUUCGUCCAAUCGAACCCAAUGGCAAAUUGUAUUUGCCAUCUCAGCAGUGGUCUUCUUCGUUGGCAAUUUAGUCUACAUCAUAUGGGGCACUGCUGUAUCUCAACCCUGGGAUGCCGAGGAUUAUUUAAUGCCAAAGGAUGCGGAGAGUUCUUCCAAAGCAAAUGACAACAAUCAAAGUGCUAGUGGAUAUACUAAUAAAGCGUUGGAAAUUACAGAUAAUUCAGAAGAUGGAGUGAAAGAAAAUUAGCAGCCACAUUUGAUACAAAUUAAUGUAGUUUUAAUUUUGUAGUUAAUUUUAA